UAUGGGUCAAACCAAUAUGAGUCAAACCUGUCGGUGGCCACCUGGCGGUAGUAAUGUGCAUCGCAGGCCACCAGGAGCGAAGGUGUUAGUAAUUAACCCGUUUGCGGUGGAUCAAGAGAACAACGACACGAACUAGAGGCUGAACUUCAGACUGUGCUGUUUUGUUUCUGCAACUUUCGGUCAAUGACAUAUGGGUCACUAAGAUGAUUGUGUUCAAUAUUAGACCAUAAAUUGAUCUAUCAGCUAUCAAGUUUGAUCCACACGUGGUAGACUUCAGGUAAACAAGUUGGAAAGUGUUUAUGCCUGCUGAAGUGAAGGUUCUUCCUACAACACCAUUCACACAAGGAAAGAAAAACAAGAUUGAAGAAGGGUGAAGAACUCAUCCGUUAUUAAAGGCCUUAAAUAUGAUCUGACGAAAGCCAGAACCUUCACAGUAACGGAAGUUACGGUAAACUGCAGUUGGAUUAGAGGCUCUGCCUGGAACAUGGAUGCUUUUGAGGGUCUCCACAGUGUCCAGCUGUCCUCCUCUCCGCCUGCCUCCGCCUGCAACCCUGGGUAUGAAGUACUAGUCUCAGCUGGGUCUGGUGUCCAGGUGUACUCCAACGCUACGUUCUAUGGAAAACCCAGUGUUCUGGAGCAUACACGGCGAAGAGGGAGAGAUAAAUAUCACUCCUACCGAGAGGAGACUAAAGAGGAGAGGUGUGAGGUUGGAAGGUUGGUAGACCUGGAUCCCGGUCCGAGCCCCCGGGUGGACGGCGGUGGGCCGGCUGACCCAGGUUUCACCAGGCCCCAGGAGGGAGCUGUUACCCAGGCCCGGAGCCGGGGCAGGGAGGGCAGCAGGCUGGAGGGUGCUACCCAGCUGGAGGUUGCCCUGGGCGGGGAGCAUGAGGACAACGUGUCCCGCCUCCGGAGCUCUUCCCUGGAGAUCAGAGAGAAGGGAUCAGAGAUCCUACGGGAACAACUGGAUGCUGCACAGAAGGAGCUGAAGCUGAAGGAUAAGGAGUGUGAGCGUCUGUCACUGAUCAGAGAUCAGCUGGAGCAGGAGCUGGAAGAGCUCACUGCCAGUCUAUUUGAGGAAGCUCACAAGAUGGUGCGGGAAGCCAACGUGAAACAAGCCGCAGCAGAGAAGCAGCUGAAGGAGGCUCAGGGCAAGAUUGAUGUCCUUCAGGCGGAGGUGUCAGCCCUGAAGACCAUGGUCCUAACCUCCACCCCGUCUUCCCCUAAUCGCCAGGCCCACCCUCAGCUCCUCUCCCCGGGCACCAGGUCCAAGGGGGCCGGCCCCCGCCAUGGAGGAGGACACACGCGCAACAAGAGCGCCAGCUGGGCCUUGCCAUUGGCCCCUGGUGGGAACUUAGACUCGCACUCCUUGCAGCCAGUCAGAGAGGACAAAGAGCCUACGGUUCCUGCACUACUCUCUCUGAUUUUGUGUCUGGUUCCGGGCCACUCAAUCUCUGUGACCUAUGAACCCUACUGGGCAGAGAAGGGGGAGGGGCCACGCUCUCUCAGCCGACAGAUGGACAACGUGCUGUAUGCAGAGUUCCUGUCCUGGAAAGACAGACCUAGUCUGGACAGAACAUCAGCCUUCCUGGGCCGUAUCUACAGAGAGGACAUCGGCCCCUGUCUCUCCUUCACCAAAUCUGAGUUGUCUCAGUCGGUGCAGAAUGCAGUGGAGAACAACUCGCUGACCAUCGAGCCGGUGGCCGUGUCUGCUUUACCCGUGGUCAAAGCCAACGCCAUAGAGUGUGGCGGGCCCAAUGGCCUGAGAGCAGCAGUAGAGACGAAGUGUGCGUUGAGCGGUGUGUCCCGGUCCUGUAAGCACCGCAUCAAACUUGGAGACAGAGAGAGUUACUACCACAUCUCUCCCUCCAGCAGGGCACGGAUAACAGCGGUGUGUAAUUUCUUCACCUAUAUCCGCUACAUACAGCAGGGCCUGGUCAGACAUGAUGCGGAACAGAUGUUCUGGGAAGUGACGCGUCUACGGCGGGAGAUGACUGUGGCCAAGCUGGGCUUCUACCUCACAGACACAGACCAGGGAUAGAAGACAGACAAGAGGAGACAUCACCGUUAGCCCUGGGUCAUGUUCAUUAGGGCACACCGUAGCAACAAACAAAAAAAACGUUGUGCUUGAUAGAACGUUUUUUUUUUUUUUUUGCAAGCGCUUCGUAUUGGACAAGUUCAAGAUAUUACCACCCGUUUAGGGACGCUUUCUUCCGUUUUCAUGCCUACUGAACACGACCCUGGGCUUAGAAAGACAAGAGAUACCAAUCAGCUGUACAGAGACACAAGAUCACCCGUACCCCUUUUUACACUGUCCUGAUAAUCCAACCCAAUAAUCCACUGGGCUGGUUUGGCUCAGUAGUGUGAAAAGGCCUCAGCUGGCCACGGUGAACACAGAAACCAGAUCACGGAUCUUAUUGAGUAGGAGAGCCAUUUUCAAGUGUGUCUGACGAGGGAAGCAGAAAUGCUACAGCAAAUAUGACAUCAUUUAGCGAUUAGAUUAGAUUAGAUUCGAUUAGAUUAGCCUCGUAACAAAUCAGCCCGAUCUGACGAGCUACACUGUAGCGGAAAAAAACAUUUGUAGCAAAACAGAAUGUAAGCUUGUGAGAUCAGUAGAGUUCGUACGAUGCUAGCAGUUAGAGCUAUGUACUUUAUAAACUAGCACAAUAUUAUAACACAACCACAAAGACAUACAAUGAAUAGCAUCUUUUAAAAGGACAGUAGCGUAUAUGUGAAAAUGUAUCAAUAUACCAUAGAAACUCUUGUUAUUACUACGUAAAAUUGACAAGUGGUUACACAGCUGAUCUUAGUUGGCACAGAUUGAAACUAUAUACGCAUGUGUCAUGCUGCCACGGAAACACUAAUAUGGGUUUAAUCCUAACUGGUCAGGUUAAUCACACAGAUGUUUUUAAGUUGGAGUUCUGACCAAUAGAGAACUAUGCUGCUCACUUUUCAUUCUAACAGCUGUCAUGUGGUACCUGUGUACCAGUCCUGCAUGUUGUCUCAUCUCCUCUCACCUUAACGACCAGACUACGUACGUCUCGUCUCCUCUCACCUUAACAACCAGACUACGUGCGUCUCGUCUCCUCUCACCUUAACAACCAGACUACGUGCGUCUCGUCUCCUCUCACCUUAACAACCAGACUACGUGCGUGCUGUCGUCUCCUCUCACCUUAACGACCAGACUACGUGCGUCUCGUCUCCUCUCACCUUAACAUUAACGACCAGACUACGUGCGUGCUGUCGUCUCCUCUCACCUUAACAACCAGACUACGUGCGUGCUGUCGUCUCCUCUCACCUUAACAACCAGACUACGUGCGUGCUGUCGUCUCCUCUCACCUUAACGACCAGACUACGUACGUGCUGUCGUCUCCUCUCACCUUAACGACCAGACUACGUGCGUGCUGUCGUCUCCUCUCACCUUAACGACCAGACUACGUGCGUGCUGUCGUCUCCUCUCACCUUAACGACCAGACUACGUGCGUGCUGUCGUCUCCUCUCACCUUAACGACCAGACUACGUACGUCUCCUCUCACCUUAACAACCAGACUACGUACGUGCUGUCGUCUCCUCUCACCUUAACAACCAGACUACGUACGUGUUGUCGUCUCCUCUCACCUUAACAACCAGACUACGUACGUCUCCUCUCACCUUAACAACCAGACUACGUACGUGUCGUCUCCUCUCACCUUAACAACCAGACUACGUACGUCUCCUCUCACCUUAACAACCAGACUACGUACGUCUCGUCUCCUCUCACCUUAACAACCAGACUACGUACGUGCUGUCGUCUCCUCUCACCUUAACAACCAGACUACGUACGUGCUGUCGUCUCCUCUCACCUUAACAACCAGACUACGUACGUGCUGUCGUCUCCUCUCACCUUAACAACCAGACUACGUACGUGUUGUCUCGUCUCACCUUAACAACCAGACUAUGUACGUGCUGUCGUCUCCUCUCACCUUAACAACCAGACUACGUACGUGCUGUCGUCUCCUCUUAACAACCAGACUACGUACGUGCUGUCGUCUCCUCUUAACAACCAGACUACGUACGUCUCGUCUCCUCUCACCUUAACAACCAAACCACCCAUUACGUUGCCUUAACCCUGAUAGAUUAUUGCACUACGUUGUAAAUGCCUUGCAUGGCUUAUAUAGGAAAGACACCUCGACUGAGAAUGGGUUAUGGAAGGGAAGUAUUCACUCAGGGUGGAUUUAAAAAAAUAAAUAGCGGAGUCUGUUUUAGUACAAACCAGUUCAGAAGUUGUGUGUGUUGCAGGUACACGAAGUAAAAGCAGUGAUCUGAAAUAUCCUCGUCUUCACUCUGGAUACUGUGACCGCUUAGCAACGACUAUCCUAGAAAUUAAGAAUACAGUUUUAACAUAACGGAGUUCUAAACCAAUCGUAGACGACUAAGCAAUACGUUUUUUUUUCUGUUUUUUUUUUCUUCCUCCCUGAUACCACCAAUUUUUAUUCACAGCUUUAAAAUAACUAGUUUUGGGAGAGAAAACAGUUGUAAAUGAUUGCAGUGUGUUAUGCUCAACCUUAGUUGUAAAUCGCACUCCUGUAAAAUGGUAUUGAAAUUGCACUCCAGGUCGUGUAUGAUAAAUGAUGUUUAAAGCCAAUACGUGACCAUGAAUUGUGUCGCUUUGCGUGGAUACAUAGCCAACAGUGUGUACAGGGGGUGUGUUUGUGCUAAAACACUAUAGUGUUGAUAUUAGCCAUAUCCUGCAUGAACAUAUAUUUAUCAAACUUUUAAAUGAAGAAUUAUCGGAAGAUUAAAUUAAAGCUUUGUUCUUACAUCCGC